AUGCGUGCUCCUCAGGCUCUCGGCACAACGAUCUUCCCAGAAGACUUAACCAAAGAAAUAUACGCUGAGCUUGCGCAAACAGUUCGAAGCCUUCCCAACCGUCUUUGUCUCACUGCCCUGUUAGCGAGCGAUGAUGCUGGGUCGCAUCAAUAUGCAGAAUGCACUCGGGAAACAUGUCAGAAUAUUGGGAUCGACUUCUGCCUGGUACGUUUGACGCCCAGAAAUGUGGCGACGUACAUCAAGGCGCUCAAUGGGAACCCAUCUGUCCACGGCAUUAUGGUAUAUUACCCGAUUUUCGGAGACACGAGAGAUGAUGAGAUCAAAAGCAUGGUUGUUCCCCGAAAGGAUGUAGAGGGACUCAAUCGGCCCCACUCUUCUCAUGAAGUAACGGAUGAAGCCCAGCCCCGUUUGGCCCCUACAGUGCCAUGCACGGCGAAAGCAGUGGAAUCUAUUUUACAUUGGCUGGGUAUCUAUGAUCGGAGUCUAGCCGUGGGGGAAAGGCUGAACGGAUGGGAUAUCUGCAUCAUCAACCGAUCCGAUGUUGUCGGGCUGCCUCUCGCCCAACUGUUAGCGAGCCAAGGCGCCCGUGUCUAUAGUGUUGAUAUUUUAGGGGUCCAGAUCUACCAAGCUAGUCUGACAAGUGGGUCAGCCGAGGUGCGGAGUACGCCAACUGAGUGGACCCUUCAGGAUGUUGUGAGAAAGUCUGGCGUGAUCAUCUCGGCGGUUCCGCACCCUACGUUCAAGGUGGAUACGAAAUGGAUUCAGAGAGGGACGAUCUGCAUCAACGUUGCUUCCGCCAAGAACUUUGAUGCAGAAGUCCUCGAAGUGGCCUCUAAAUUUGUGCCCCGCGUUGGGAACUUGACUAUUGCUGCCUUAUUGGACAAUCUUCUCCAGUGCACCAAGGUGCUCCCAGCUUAG